UGCUCCUAGCCGGCGGGACGCGCUCCAGCGGGGCGGGCGGCUUCCUCCGAGAGUCCCCAGCGGCCGCCACGGGCCGGAGCAGCGGCAGCGGGCGCGGCGUCCCGGGUCUGCGAGCAGAGUGCACCGACAGGGGUCGAGCGCGCGUCCCCUCCCCGCCCCCACCGCGCGCUGUGGCGCAGCAGGAAUUUGGCGGGGACCCGGGCGCUAUUUGCGGCUCUUGACGCGCGGCCGGCUGGCGGCCCUUGGGUCAUUUUUAUUCUAGGGGCACUGGGUCAUCGCGCUCGGCCGGCCCCCUCCCCCGGGCCCGGAGGGUGUGUCCCCCUCACCGGGGCUCGCCGCGCCUAUAAGGGGCCGAGCGGCGGGCAAGGACAUGCAGCUCUACAGCAGCGUCUGCACCCACUACCCAGCCGGGGGACCGGGACCCACGGCCGCAGCCCCCGCUCCGCCCGCCACCACCGCUGCCACCCCUUUCAAGGUCUCUCUGCAGACCCCGGGACCCGCCAGCGGCGCACCGGAGCCCGAGACCGGUGAGUGCCAGCCCGCCGCGGCCGCCGAGCCCCGGGAAGCCGCAGCCGCCCCCGCCGCCAAGAUGCCUGCUUUCUCUUGCUUCGAGAUGGUGUCUGGGGCCGCCGCGCCCGCUUCCGCCGCCGCUGGCCCCCCGGGCGGCUCCUGCAAGCCUCCGCUGCCGCAACACUACAAGUCCACGGCGCAGAUCACCGUGCGGGCCCUGGGCGCCGACCGGCUCGUGCUGCACGGGCCGGAUCCAGGCGUCGCGGCGCCAGCCGCCCAGCGUGGACGCUGCCUCCUGCUGGCCCCCGCGCCCGGCGCCCCUGUCCCACCGCGGCGGGGCUCCUCGGCCUGGCUCCUGGAGGAGCUGCUGAGGCCCGACUGCCCCGAGACAGCGGGCAAGGACGCGGCCCGGGAGGGGCCUGAUCGAAGCUUCCGAUUGAGCGAGCACCGCCAGGCCCUGGCCGCAGCCAAGCACCGGGGUCCCGUACCGCCCCCUGGGAGCCCGGAGCCCAGCCCAGGCCCGUGGGGUGAGGAGCACCCGGCGGAGAGGAGCCUCCGGGUCUGGGAGAGAGCCAGCGACCGCAGCGAUCCGCCCGGCGCGGACGAGGGGCGGCGGCCCGGCCCGGAGGCCGAGGCAGCCGCGGCCCGAAGCUGCGAGGCCGCGCAGAACGGCGCAGCCGAGGCGGCGAUCGUCUCCAGGUCGGAUGGUAGAGACGAGAAACUGGCCCUGUACUUGGCGGAGGUGGAGCGGCAGGACAAGUACCUGCGACAGAGGAAUAAGUACCGAUUUCACAUCAUUCCCGAUGGCAACUGCCUCUACCGAGCGGUGAGCAAGACGGUGUACGGGGACCAGAGCCUGCACCGGGAACUGAGGGAACAGACGGUGCACUACAUCGCGGAUCAUCUCGACCACUUUAGCCCCCUGAUUGAGGGCGACGUGGGGGAGUUUAUCAUCGCUGCUGCUCAGGACGGGGCAUGGGCAGGGUACCCGGAAUUGCUGGCCAUGGGGCAGAUGCUGAAUGUGAAUAUACACUUAACGACAGGAGGGAGGUUGGAGAGCCCCACGGUGUCUACCAUGAUUCACUAUUUGGGCCCAGAGGAUUCCUUAAGGCCUAGUAUUUGGCUCAGUUGGCUCAGCAAUGGACAUUAUGAUGCAGUGUUCGAUCACUCCUAUCCUAAUCCAGAGUAUGACAAUUGGUGCAAACAGACUCAAGUGCAAAGAAAACGGGAUGAAGAACUUGCCAAAUCCAUGGCCAUAUCUCUCUCCAAAAUGUAUAUUGAACAAAAUGCAUGCUCCUGAAGUGUCUGAAAACUUACACCCUGGGAAAAGUGCAUACAUAGUUUGUGUUUGGAGAAUUAUAUGAACUCUAAUCAGGGUAAUAGCACUUUUAAACUUCUGGUAGAUUUACAGUAGGUGUAAUGCCUUAAUCCUUUUUUUUUUUAAUGUUUUUCUCCUCAGAGCUGAAGGUUGCUGGGCACCUAAAUGAUGUUUCAUGAUAGCUUUGGGUGAUCCUACUGUUAUUUAUAAUUUGCUGUAUAAAGUUAGCACUACUUAAUUUGCAAGCUAAUUUCUCACAGUGAAAAUUUGUUCAUUCCUGAUAAUCUAUUUUCUAUAAAAAUGUAUUUUUGCACAACAUGAAAAAAAUUGGUGUAACUUUAUGACGUGUCCCAUUUUGACAAAUGGCUUUUAGGCAUAAACCAGAGAAGUGCUUUAUAUGAAGUUUAUUAUUUUGAACAGAAUUUGUGAAUUAGUAGUUAUUUUGUGUUGUUGAAUUUGAAUUUUACAAUUAGAUAAUUAUUUCAAAUGGACAUUGAUGCAUUCAUGUUACCAGAUGAUUGGCCCAUUCCAUUUUGAUGAAAUAGAUUUGUUGUUUUGGAAAUCAUUAUUUUUCUAGAAAUGGUCAACCUUUUGAAGAGAAAUACUUAUGGGAAGAUUGUGGGAAGAAUUUUCUUUAAGGGAUAGUACCAGCUGUUACUUGAAUGCGAGUCUGAUAUUUGCUGAUGGCAGAGUGAUUAUUCCGUCCUCUGGUUGAUGUUUAGAGUAGAUUGGUGCUCAGUUGUUUUUAUUUAUAUUUGUCAUUUUGUUAUAAAAGAAUUUUAACAUGGUAUAAAACUUUGUGAUAAGAUAAGCCUCCUGCUUUAUAUAUACCUUCUUGGAUUCAACUAAGAGUUUUGAAAACUAAUAGGAUCAAUGGCUUGAACCAAACUUGGCAGUUAUUGUAUAGCAGGAGAAUACUGUCUUUAUUCCUUUUAAAUUCUUUCAAAAGGCAAAAUAGGAUUGCCCUGUAUUAUGUAUAAAUAAAAAUGUGUGUAAAGAGCUUGUAUGGUUUGCUGGGUCAGUGUUCCCAACCUAAAAUCUAUCUCAUUUCCACUUUAACUACUUUUAGUCAUAUUUAUUAAGUAAUGCAGUUUGUACUUUUUUAUUUUGUAACAUUUUGUGAUUUUUUGGUACAAUACUGUAUUUGUACAAUAGAACAAUUCUCAGCUGAUGGAAUGAAUGAAUAAAAUGCAUAAUUUUA